AUAAGUGAAGUGAAGUGUGUGACAGUCAGAUAACCAGGAUGCCUGCGUACGCCACCAACAUGAGGCUCAAGUUCCCCAUCGUGGCCUUGGCUUUGGAGAUUAUCACCAUCAUCCUGUUCGCAGUCUUCGUGGUUUAUGAUGACGGGAAACAUCACGGACAUGGACACGACACGCACUCCAAUGCCACCCACGAGGAGAAGGGGCCUAUGGAGCUCUACCCCAUGUUCCAGGACGUCCACGUCAUGAUCUUUAUCGGCUUCGGCUUCUUGAUGACCUUCCUGAAGAGGUACGGCUUCAGCAGCGUGGGGGUCAACCUGCUGCUGGCAGCGUUCGGCCUGCAGUGGGGUCUCCUCAUGCAGGGGAUCUGGCACCUGGACGACGGCAAGAUCAAGAUCAGCAUCUUCAAGAUCAUUAAUGCAGACUUCAGCACAGCCACAGUCCUCAUCUCCUUUGGAGCUGUUUUGGGAAAGACCAGCCCGGUCCAGCUCCUCAUCAUGACCAUCCUGGAGAUCACCAUCUUCUCCGUUAAUGAGCACCUGGUGGCUGAAGUCAUGGGUGCCAACGACGUGGGAGCGUCCAUGAUCAUCCACGCCUACGGUGCCUACUUCGGCCUGGCGGUGGCUCGGGUCCUCUACCGUCCCGGCCUGAGAAAUGGUCACGAAAAUGACGGUUCUGUUUACCACUCUGAUCUCUUUGCUAUGAUCGGAACCGUCUUCCUGUGGAUGUUCUGGCCCAGUUUCAACUCGGCCAUCGCAGAUCCAGGCUACACUCAGCUCACUGCCGUCAUCAACACCUACCUGUCCCUGGCCGCCUGCGUGCUCUCGGCCUACGCCCUGUCCAGCCUGGUGGAGCACAAAGGCAAACUGGACAUGGUCCACAUCCAGAACGCCACCCUGGCUGGAGGUGUCGCUGUGGGAACCUGUGCUGACAUGAACAUCGGACCCUUCGGAGCUAUGCUGAUCGGACUGGUGGCUGGGAUCAUUUCCACGCUGGGAUUCAAGUACCUGAGUCCUGUGCUGGCCUCCAACCUGGGCAUCCAGGACACCUGCGGAGUCCACAACCUGCACGGCAUGCCGGGCAUCCUGGGAGGCCUGGCCGGCAUCGUGGCUGUGGCACUGGGUAAAAAAGACGGAGGAAGCCCCUCCAUGCAGGCAGCUGCUUUGGCGUCAUCUCUGGGCUUUGCUCUGGUGGGCGGAGCAAUCACAGGUUUCAUAAUGAAGCUGCCGAUCUGGGGUCAACCUCCGGACCAGAACUGCUUCGACGACUCUCUUUACUGGGAGGUUCCAGCAGAGGAGGAAGAGAACGAGGAGAGCUUGGCUCACGCUGACCACUCCAAAAACAAAGCUGAAGUUUGAAGAUGAGGCAGAAAUAUCAACAACCAGUUACACUCACCCGGACAUUUCUCACCAUUCUGCCGUUUGAAUCUUCAGUCCGUGAUAACAACCAGAGCCACAACACAAAUUUGAAUCAAUAAAGACUUGAUCUGGUGUAACUCGAGACCUAUCGUCAGGGAUCCUCACACUGAGACCCAAUAGGAGUCGUAUAUAUAUAUUCUGCACCCCCUCUUUGUUCUUUGUCUCUCUAUUUAGCAGCAUGUUUGAAGAGUAUCAGCACGUUUAUGAACUAUCAGUUACUUCCCUUUUAAGAGCUUCAUUUACAUGGCGGCGUCCAAAAAACACGGAGUAAACAUGAACACUGGGUUUAACGAAUUAGACAUCACGCAUCAUCGUGUUAAAUCCUCUUUUAAAGCUAACUUUUUAUACACUUUUACCUCACUGGAGUCCAGUUCUGCUCAGCCUGAGGUGGUCAGGCUCCAAAAUGGACAAGGAUAGUAGGAUGGUGAAGAUCUUCUGAAGCACUUCUGUCUGGCAUUAACAUCUUUAUUCCUUCUUUCUUAUUCACACUCAUGUACAUAUUUCAUAUUCACAUCCAAGGACAUUUGUUUAAGUUCUGUAAAGCAAACUGGGUACUUCUCUGCACCAGCAAACACCUUUGUGAAGUUAAAUCUGUCAACAUUUUGAUUCAUGUCUUUAAAUAAAUCAAGCUGAAUGAAACUGACCACAGGAGGAGUUCAUCAAUAUAAUUUUGGUUUGUAAUAAUUUGUACAAUGUCUUCUUCACCCAGUGUUUUGUAUUUUUAUAUCAGUGAAAUGCCUCUACUUGUUUGGUAUACUAAUACUGUUCUAUUAAAGAUGUUUUUGUACAAUAACAAUGCAUUUUUUUAUUUUGUGCUCCAUUCUUUAUCCUGUAACACAGAAACUAUAUUGAAGAAUAAA